GUUGUUUUCCUGUCUGUUUUAGGGAGUGGGGCCACAGCAGUGGUUCAAGCAGCCUACUGUAUACCUCGCAAGGAGAAGGUGGCCAUCAAACGCAUCAACCUUGAGAAGUGCCAGACCAGUAUGGACGAACUCUUGAAAGAGAUUCAGGCCAUGAGCCAGUGCCACCACCCCAACAUCGUGUCUUACUACACCUCCUUUGUGGUAAAGGAUGAGCUGUGGCUGGUUAUGAAGCUGCUCAGUGGUGGCUCAGUGCUGGAUGUGAUCAAGCAUAUCAUCUCGCGAGGCGAGCACAAGACGGGCGUCCUGGACGAGGCCAGCAUAGCCACCGUGUUGAAAGACGUGCUCGAGGGCCUGGAGUACCUACACAAGAAUGGACAGAUCCACAGAGAUCUUAAGGCUGGAAACAUUCUCCUCGGGGAUGAUGGUUCAGUGCAAAUUGCAGACUUCGGCGUCAGUGCCUUUCUAGCCACAGGAGGAGAUAUUACUCGAAAUAAAGUGCGCAAGACGUUUGUGGGAACACCGUGCUGGAUGGCCCCGGAGGUCAUGGAGCAGGUGAGGGGUUAUGAUUUCAAAGCCGAUAUUUGGAGUUUUGGAAUCACAGCCAUUGAGCUUGCCACAGGAGCUGCACCUUAUCACAAAUACCCACCAAUGAAGGUCUUGAUGCUGACGCUGCAGAAUGACCCACCAAGUCUGGAGACUGGCAUCACGGACAAGGAGAUGGUAAAGAAAUACGGCAAAUCCUUCAGGAAGAUGGUCUCACUGUGUCUACAGAAGGACCCAGAGAAAAGGCCAACAUCCUCGGAGCUGUUGAAGCAUAAAUUCUUUCAGAAAGCAAAGAAUCACGAGUAUUUACACGAGAAGUUACUUCAGAGGGCGCCUACAAUAACAGAGAGGUCGAAAAAGGUACGUCGAGUGCCAGGCUCCAGCGGCCGGCUGCAUAAAACAGAGGAUGGUGAGUGGGAAUGGAGUGACGAUGAGCUGGAUGAAGAAAGUGAAGAAGGCAAAGCAGCUGUUGCAGCCUUAAGGUCACCCAGAGUGAAGGAGGGAUCACAGAAUUCAGAGGUUUUCCAGACUCCUGAGCCUUUAAGUAGUCAACUCCAGCCGAUGGCCGCCGGUCAGGCUGAACUACCUCAGGCUGCAGGCCAAGUUCCACUGCAGCCCACACCAGUCAACACUCAAUCCACUGCCCAGGCUGCGUCUCCCACACCAGGCGUACCUGCUGCUGCUGUUCCCACUCAGACUCCAGCUGCCUCAGGCGAUGUUAAGGCUCCCAUUAGUUUGGUAUUAAGGUUAAGAAAUUCAAAGAAGGAGCUAAAUGACAUCCGCUUUGAAUUUAUGCCAGGGAGAGACACAGCAGAUGGUGUGUCCCAGGAGCUGGUGUCAGCAGGCCUGGUGGACGGGAGGGACUUAGUAAUAGUUGCUGCAAAUUUGCAGAAAAUAGUUGAUGAGCCUCAAGCCAAUAAAAAUGUCACUUUCAAACUGGCUUCCGGAAUUGAGGGAUCUGAAAUACCAGAUGACAUCAAGUUGAUGGGCUUUGCUCAGCUCAGCAUUAGUUAAACUGUUGUUCUACCUGGGACCGUGACUUGCCUAAAAAAUGUGAAAAUUGAAAAAAAAAACUACAAAAAAAAAAAAUAGUUUAAUGCAUUUUUUUCUUUCCAUGGCUGUAAAGAAACCACUACUGCCAAAGAAAACAGUACCAUUGUGUCACCCAUAGGAUUAUAAAAUGCCGCCUCGAUGAAUUAGGCGGUCCGCUGAAGUAUCAGAGCGUACAGUAUGAGAAUCACUCGAAAAACAAAACAAAAAAAGUUUACAGUGUAUAUGUAAGAAGGAUGCAAGUAUCAACAACAAGCUGUUUUCAUUUCUGGUCUCCAUCGUUCUGUUAUUUUUCUCUCUAAUAUGUGAUGCAUUUGCACAAUCUGAACUAACGCCCUUGAAUCCUGAUAAGUGUAACAAUGCCUUAUAUUCAUCAGAACUACUGAAUGCACGUUUUGGGGGGGACGUCCCCCAGUUACCGUUAUGGAGCGUUAUGUUGUCUGAAAUGCACAAAGGUGGUUUCAGGUGCUCAUGCUUUUUACUAUAUUUGAAUGAGCUGCAGCCAACCAGGCCAACUGUAAUCUUAGCCGUACUAAAUGUAACGCCAAAUUACUUUUUCAGAAGGCUGUGAACACUUUAAUGGUCUCGCUAAAUUCUGUAUUUUUGUUGUCAUCAACAAAACCCAUAAAAAGAAUCAACAACGCGUAUCUCUAAAUACUGAAUGUCCUUACAGUGACUCUUACCUCUGAGCACGUUUGCUUCUUUAAGAUGGGUAAAAAAAUGUAAGAUGUCAUUUAUUAACACAAGUGAAAUUUUUUCCUAAAAUGAUUCAAACACAAGUUAAUGGUACACCUCCUGGGGAUUAUUUUCAGAAGUGGAUUAACCCAGUUCAGCUCCAGCAAAGUUUAUGGUUGACUCAAAUUAAACUGUAGCGACAAUUUUCAUCAUAAUGAAGACUAAAGGUCACCUUUAAUAAACGUUGACUAACAUAUAAACUGCAUCCCAGUAACAGGCUCAUAAACAACUAUAUAUAUCAGACUUAUUGUUAUUCAUUAACUGGGUGCUUCAUGGGAUUUGUUGACAAUAAUAUAAAAUACAAGAUAUUCUCAAACUUAUCCUCCUAAGUUAAAUCUCAACUUAUUUACUCAAUGAAAAGAAAAGUUUAGGAAAUUUGAAUUUUGACGAGAAUGAAACCAAAACGAUCACAGAAAAUCAAAUUCCUCUAAAAGCUGUCCUUCUGUAUGCGAUCAAUAACCUUAAAGUAAAAAGUUGUGCAGCAGCUGAAACCACGUGUUGUACGAGCAGAUGUGUCUGUCUGUCGGUAUUAGUUUGUGUCUGUUUGGAAUCGGUUUCACAAAUCCUUAAGAAAAAAAAAAAGAAAAAAGAAGACGACUUAAGUGCAUAUUUGUUUAUGUGGAUGAAAAAUAAGUACUUGAUUUAACCUCUAGUAUGUACAUAAUGACAUUUGGCUUUGAUUUGUUUUUAUACUGGGUGUUUCACUCUUGGCCUUUUUUUCUGUCUCAUGACACGAUUGUGGGUCGUAUCUCCGCGUGAAGGAAGACGACAGCAGCAGCGCUGCAAAUGGGGUUUUGGAUGCCCCUCUGUGUUUGCAGGACGUGCUGUCGUUAACUGUGUGUCGCGUAUGAUGCUCAUUUUACCUUUUACUCAUCAGAUAUCUUCAGCUUUUUACGUUUUGCCUUUGAAAAGUUUAAAUCUAUUUUACCGUGGAGGCACAGAUGCACCGCUCGAUGCCUGGCCACCUUAAAUUUCCCCAAACAGCAAAAUUGCCUCCAGCUCUUAAUAAAGUGGAGGCUGUUUACAGUAGCUAGUUCUUUUAACCCUCAUCUUAACUCAUACAGCUGCUUUGCCAUCGUUCUUUUUUUUUUUUUCUUUUAAAAUGGAAGAUUUUUUCCCCCCUUCAGCUUUGAAAAGCUCAGCCGUGAUUGUAAACAUUUUGAACUUUGGAUUCAGAUGAUGGUUAAAAAAAAAAAGAAAAAAAAAAGGCUGUAAUCAGCACAGAUGUUACAUCCUUUCAGCCGCACUCUGGAUGUUUUUUUUGUGCGUCAAUGUGCAUUAAUAACGUGGUUUUUGAUGAUGAAUGUGCACCUCGCAGUUCCUGGCGGGAGGUUCAUUUGCCACUCUGCUCUAAUGUGUAGAUCUGAAAUGCCAGCAAGGUUUUACUGUUUAAUUUGGUGAUGUAAUAAUGUCAUAACCCUCCAGAUGCCAUAUUGAAUGAAAUUGAAUGCAUUUUUUGCUUGCAGAUAAAAUGUUAAGAUUAAAUAUUUGUAUUUUGACUAUAAACAUGUUAAAUUUUACGCUAGCCUUAAAUUGAAAAUGACCAAGUGUAUUUUUUUUCUCUUUCUCUCUCUCUCUCUUUUUUUCUUUUCUUUCUUUUUUUUUGACGUUAAGGUUUCGAUUUGGACUUUUAAGUGUCUUUAAAAUGUAGUUCUGGUUACACGUGAAGAUACCUGGAAUAAAGAUACACGAGUGUGUCGACCUCAUCUGCGACAAAGUCAGCAGCCCAGUGUUACUCUUACAUUUUGACACUGCAGUAUUUGGUGCCAUUUUCCUGGUGUAGUCUGCAGCUGACUGCAAACCGGGACAAGGAUCGGUGUGUGUGUGUGUGAGCCCCGAGAGAAGUGUGUGUCUGUUUGUGUGUGUGUGUGCAGAUUGAGUCCUUCUUUAAUGGAGUUACAGAUCUAAUGCUUUUGUUCUCCCUCCCCUCUCUCCUUUCCAACAGUCUCUUUUGUCCUGCUCUAACAAAACUGUAGCAACUGAACAGAUGACCGGCAAACAAAACAAACAAAAAAACACACUUUUUGUCCAGGCAAUAACUAACCAAGGCUGUAAUAUAUUUGAAUUUUCCACCUGUUUUCAGUUUUGUUUUUUUUCAUUCUUUCAUUUACUCUUUUUUUUUUUUCUUUCCUUGAUUGUUUUGGAGUUCGAAGCAUGUUUCUCUGGAUUAUUUUUAAUCAAUAAAGAAUGAGCAUAUCAGUCUCCUCUUA